ACAGAUUUGUCAUUUUUGGGUGAACUGUCCAUUUAAUUGCUUGCUAACUGACAAACUCUGAGGCAUAAUCUGAAUGGGCCCAUUAGGGCGAUUCACAGACAGUUCUUCAGAAUCCUGCCUGUUGAAACAUUCCUUUAUAGUUUCCCUAGUGUUAGUCAUUCAGACUUUACCCUGAUAUAAUUCUCAGACUUAAUAACCAGCUGUGAGAGCAAAAGGAUAAUUUACCACCACAUAACCGCCUACUGGAACAGCACCGUGUCUGUGUUUUGAUAGUCCUGAUUGCCAUGUUCCUGCUUUCAGCGGCAUUCCACUACACAUCGGUGGUCCAGCGAAAGCCCCCUUCACAGGGCCCCAUCCUUCCCAACCCAGCAUCUGUGAGGGAAGCUACACUAAAACAGAGAGAGAGAGAGAGAGAGAGAGUGACUCGACUCUGGCCACACGCUGACACGCUUUAAAAAGAGAGAGAGUGGAGAAAGGGAACGUCAGAGUGCGGAGAAGGAGGGAGGGAGCACUCUCUUUUGGAGGAGAGGGAAAGUGAGGGAAGCGCACAGAGGCAGAGGUACCCAGCAAUAAGGGAACAAAAGAGAGACUGGGGGUUUUAUACAUGGACAUGGAGGAUUCUGCCGGAGGAGCUCGUAAAGCCACCAAGAGUAAACUGUUUGAGUUUCUCGUCCAUGGAGUGCGUCCAGGGAUGACCUCAGGGGCACGGAUGCCACAUCAAGGCGCUCCCAUGGGGCCUCCUGGACCUCCAUAUGGAGGAACACCGCCGAUUCGGCCAGGGAUGCCUAACCCAGCCCUAGACCCCAACCGAAAACGUCCUGCCCCAACCCAGCCAGUGCAACCUCCCCCUGUCCAGAACCGUCCCAGAAAGAAACCACUUGGAUUUCCAGCAGCAAAUGAGAUAUCUGCAAGACAGAUGGACAUGAGAGACGCCCAAUCAGAUCCUUCAAAUGGAUCCUUCAAUGCCAAGAGAAGAAAAAUGGCAGACAAGAUUCUCCCUCAGAGGUGCCAAGUCAAGAGUGAUCACACGGUGCAGAUCCGUGAACUGGUGCCAGAGUCCCAAGCGUACAUGGACCUCCUAGCUUUUGAGCGCAAACUCGACCAAACCAUUAUGAGGAAGAGGGUGGAUAUACAAGAAGCCCUCAAAAGACCAAUGAAGCAAAAGCGGAAGCUGCGAUUGUACAUUUCGAACACUUUCAACCCUGCCAAACCUGACGCAGAGGACUCUGAGGGCAGUAUUGCAUCCUGGGAGCUACGUGUAGAGGGCAAGUUGUUGGAUGAUCCUGGAAAACAAAAGAGGAAGUUUUCGUCUUUCUUUAAGAGCCUUGUUAUUGAGCUGGAUAAGGAUCUGUACGGCCCUGACAACCACUUAGUGGAGUGGCACCGCACUGCAACGAGCCAGGAGACAGAUGGCUUCCAGGUGAAGAGGCCUGGCGAUGUGAAUGUGCGCUGUACCCUCUUGCUCAUGCUGGAUUACCAGCCUCCUCAGUUUAAGUUGGAUCCUCGCCUUGCACGUCUUCUUGGCAUCCACACUCAAACCCGCUCCUGCAUCAUCCAGGCUUUAUGGCAGUACGUCAAGACCAACAAGCUGCAGGAUUCUCAUGAAAAGGAGUACAUCAACUGUGAUAAAUAUUUUCAGCAGAUCUUUGACGGUCCUCGUCUGAAGUUUUCUGAGAUCCCCCAGCGACUAACCAAUCUACUGCUCCCGCCUGAUCCGAUUGUGAUCAAUCAUGUUAUCAGUGUGGAUCCAAAUGACCAGAAGAAGACAGCCUGCUAUGACAUUGAUGUUGAAGUUGAUGAUCCUCUGAAGAGUCAGAUGAAUGGUUUCCUGCUGUCCACAGCCAAUCAUCAAGAGAUUGCAUCCCUAGACAACAAGAUCCAUGAAACUAUUGAGUCCAUCAACCAACUGAAGAUUCAAAGAGAUUUCAUGCUUAGCUUCUCCAGGGACCCCAAGGGCUACAUCCAGGACUGGAUCUGCUCCCAGAACAGGGACCUUAAGCUGAUGACAGAUACAGUUGGAAAUCCAGAGGAAGAGAGAAGAGCAGAGUUUUAUAACCAGCCCUGGUCUCAGGAAGCUGUCAGCCGCUACUUCUAUUGCAAGAUUCAACAACGAAGACAGGAGCUUGAACAAGCUUUGGCAAUGCGAACCACCUAAAAUAUCUAAUUUUCAAAAAUAAGUUGAAAACUAGUUCGCUUCACCUGUGGCUUGGUCACUUUUAUUCUGGUGGUCUCCACACUGGGCAGUUUUCCAUGGACAUGAAAGUAUUAGACCCCUUCUCAGUAUGAGGUUUGGACUGAUUUUAACCAAUGAGGGUCAAUGAAAAGUGUAAUUGUACUCUUAUUUAAUGUAUGUUUACUGUACAGUUGAAUGUAUAUAACCUCACAGUACAAUGAAUUUAAGAAAGCGGUUUGGAAAAGCCACUUUCACAUUGAUUACACACAAAUACAGCAGCUGUCAUAAUUGUUUUUACAUCAGUUUUUUGAUGCACGUGAAGUGCAGAUACACUGUGUGUCUUCAGACUUGAAAAGGUAGAAAAUACAAUGAAGGAAACUUUGAUGCCUGGGAAUUUUUGUAACUAUUAAUGACAUGCUAAAUGUUAGUAUGUAAGUAUCAGUAUUGAAUCUGUCAUGUUUUUUCUAAAUGUUUAAAUAUUUUGUCACAUUCUGCUUUCAGCUUUCUCCUUUGUUUUUCUGUAGUUAAAUUUGCCCUUUGCAAAAGAUAUGAAGAAAUCCACUGGAUGACUUUAUUUGCAAUAACUGACAUUUAGUGUCAUCAUUUUAACAUGUUAAAGAAAACACAUUCAAGGUAAAUCAUUCUGAUUUGUGAACACUUUACAAUACCAAUUUUUAUGUAUUGUUAAAGACUUCAAAAAUUAUUGUUCAUAAGCAGUGUUUAUAAACGAUGUUUGAAAACAUUUUCAGAGGCUUUAAAUGCCAGUAAAACAAAAUAUGUUCUAAAUAUAUUGUGUGUUGAGAAAUACAGUAACGCAUGUUGCAUGUGAAUAUUUUUGUUUUUUUAGGAGUUUCUUUUUUAGCAUGAUUCCGAAAUGUUUUGGAUCUUUGUUGUCUUAUUAAAUCACCAUUAUGCACAGGAAGCAUCAACCAAAGGUACAUUUACAUCAUCUUUGUGAAUGCCAAUAAAUUACUUAAUUUUACUGAAUAUUCCAUCACACUAGUGGAUGGCAUUUGUAUACCUGUGGCCUAAGAUGUGCUUGAUGCACAGAUGAGAAAUAAAUCUGGUACUCAUGAAUGUCAAGAGGUGUUCAUAUUCAGAGGCAUUGGCCCUUUACCUUUUAACAAGACAUUCGUACUGUGUUAUGUAUAUUAUUUAAAUAAGUGUGUCUGUUAUGGACAUUUUGAACAAGAUUAAUAAAAUAAAUACAAAUUCA